CGGAUUACAUUCGAUUACGAUUUAUUAGCGUAGAUGAAGGACCGAGAGAGCGGCAUGAAGGAGGAUCGGAUUAAGCAGGAGGCUACAACCAUGGCCGAUGUGCUGCUCCUCGUCCUCCUAUCCUUGUUGUGUUGCGGCUUGGAGCGAGCAGCGGCGCAGGUGCCGAUCCCACCCCGAAUCGAUGGCUUCGUCUACGGAGCCGAUCCUCCCGUGUGGGGCAAAUCCGUGGUGGUGGAGGCCUUCUUCGACCCUGUGUGCCCUGACAGCAGAGACUCAUGGCCGCCUCUCAAGAAGGCGCUGCGCCACUACUCCCAUCGCCUCUCACUCGUCGUCCACACUUUCGCUCUCCCUUACCACAGCAAUGCAUUUAUUGCUAGCCGUGCGCUUCACAUUGCCAAUAGGCUCAACUCAUCCUCAACAUACCCGUUGUUGGAGCUUUUCUUCAAGUUUCAGGAGAAAUACUACAACCGACCAACUUACAACCUGACAAGAGCUUCUAUAGUGGAUGACAUCUCAAGGCUGGCCACUAAGGUUGUCGGCAAGGAUUCGUUAUCAUCAAUUCUAUCCGGUUUCAAUGCUACAGAAACAGACUCUGCAACGAGGAUUUCCUUUAAGUAUGGUUGUUCAAGGGCAGUGACAGGCACACCUUUCUUCUUUGUAAAUGGGAUUCCACUGGCUGUGUCUGGCCCAGUGCCUGAUUACAAGGCAUGGAGGAAUAUUAUCGAUCCACUUGUAGCAAAGCAAAGUUGAUAGGUAUUAAGUCAAGUUUUCUGUGAGUGCCAAUAAGAAAUAUACCAUAUGAUGUAUGGCUAUUUGAUUGUUAUGUACAAAGAACCGCAAUUGUUAUGUCAUUUCAUUAACACAAUCAAACAAUGAAAUGAGAAAAUCAUUCCAAUCCA